CUUCUUUUUGAUAAAAUGUUAGUGAGCUUAAUAGUUGAAAUUGUUAAUUAUUUUAUUUAUUACUGUUAACGCUAAUUUCAGUUUGAAUUCUCGCUUGUUAUUCUUCAUUAUAAAAGUUUUAUUUUGUCCUCUUGUACUCGAAAGAUGAGUGUUAUUGAAGGCGUUGAUAAAGGAAAAGGGUCACGAAUGCAAUUGAACAAAUCGUUGAGCAAUACUGCUCAGUGGGUCAAAUUGAAUGUGGGAGGCACUUGUUUUAUGACUACAAAGACUACGUUGUGCCGAGAUCCCAAUUCAUUCCUGUGCAGACUGUGUUCAGAAGAAUCUGAUCUCAUUUCCGACAUGGAUGAAACUGGUGCGUAUAUGAUUGAUCGUGAUCCAACAUAUUUUAGUCCCAUUUUAAAUUACCUACGUCAUGGGAAAUUGGUUUUGAAUAAGAAUCUUGCGGAAGAAGGUGUGUUGGAAGAAGCCGAAUUCUAUAAUAUUACCGAAUUAAUAAAUAUAGUAAAAGAAAGGAUAUUACAAAGAGAUAAGAAACUUUGUUCUGAACAAGUGAAAAAACAUACUUAUAGAGUGUUACAGUGUCAUGAAGAUGAACUUACGUGGAUGAUUUCAACAAUGUCAGACGAAUGGAAAUUUGAACAACUGGUAAACAUAGGUUCCAAGUACAAUUAUGGAAAUUAUGACCAAGCAGAAUUUCUAUGUGUUGUAUCUCGAGAGGAGGGUGUUGCUGACUCUCCAAAAACUGAAUCCACCGAUAAAGCAAAGGAAUUGCAACAACGAGCUUCGCGUAUGUGAUAUAUGCAGUCAACUAAAUCUGUAAUCAUGGGAGCAUGUACAUUCUUUAAGACAAUAUAUUAUGUAACCAAAGAUCUUUGCAGCAAAUCUGUUGUCCGAUUUACAGCUGGACGUCAUAAUGCUAGAUCCUAGCCUCAUAGUUUCUUUAUUAUUAUGCAUUAAUUUUGUAAUAUGUAUAAUAUUAAGGAAAUCUAUAUAAUCAUGCACAAACACAAAUACACGUAAAUAAAAAUAAAAGUACUUAAGUUCCAAAUUUGAAUAUUCACAUAUUUUCUAAUAAUUUUUAUCACUACAUCUUCCAAACCUUAUAUUUUAUAUGGAAUUAAUAUGUAAUAUACUCUUUAUACUUUUAUGUUAUGACCAAUUUUAUAAAUUAAAUUGACAAAAUCAUAAUGAUAUUAUAAUAGUAGCUUCUGAAUUUGCAUAUACAUUUUAUAAUCUCAUUUUUCAGAUUUAAAAUAAACCAAGUCAAAUUUUUUCUCUUUUUAUUUUAAUUAAAUAUAUGUUUGAUUUAGAAUAAAUAUUAAUAAAUUAUUAUUUUGUAAAAUAUCACUUGAGAGCAUAUUGAAUUGGAUAAACUGACCAACUAUUUCAGGCAAUAUACCAACAAAGAUCAACUAUAUCAUAACACAGUUAUUUACUAUUCCUGAUUCCUUCCUUUAAUGGAAAUUUGCUCUUAAUAGAACUGAGUCUGUAAAAAAAUUUAGAAUUAAUGUUAAGUAAGGUGCUUUUAAAUUGAAUAAAAAGCCAUUUUAUUAACUGUAUUUUACUUAUUAUUAUUGCAUUAUUCUAUUGCAAUUCAUUUUUACCAUACUUUUUAAGAUUUUUUAAAAAUAUUUUCAUUCAUUUUUAUGUCAUGGACCACUGGAUUAGUGUUGUAUUUGUGUUUAGAUUUUAAUGUUUCUUAUUUAAAUAUUGUAUCCAAAGUUUUGGAUAAGUGUAAUUGAAUUAUCUUUAAGAGUAUUUUAUAUUAUUACUCAAUGAUUUAUUUAAUUUAGAAACUAAAUACUACAAUAAUUAAUAGUACUAAUAAAUAAUAAUACCAUAAAUAUUAAUGGAAAUUGUUUAUACUUUAUAUAAUUUGUUUUUUUUUUUUUAUAUAUAUAAUCUUUUAUAGUAUACAUUUAAUACAAUUUCAUUCAUUCAUAAAAUAUAUGGAUUUGUUAAAGUGUAGUUGUAUUAGAAUAAGUUAUUGUUAUACAUUUUUGUCACCGGAUUGUACUAUCGUCCUUUUAUGCGCGAUCAUGUGUUCAUAUAAAGUAUAUUGAAAAAAAUAAAAAUAAUCGAUUUGUUAAAAGACUA